AUGUCCUUUGCUGAUGCAAAAGUCCUUUCAAUAACGCCACUGUCUAACGACGAGUCGCGAUGGGUGUCUCUCCAUAGCAUCACGUACAAAGACCCCAAAGGCACCGAGCGAACCUGGGAAUCCGCUGAACGACGCACUCGCCCCGCCGGCGCAGACAUCGAUGGCGUUGGCAUCGUCGCCAUCCUCGACAAGCCCACGGGCAAGGAGAUUAUCCUGCAGAAGCAGUACCGCCCACCCGUCGACAAGGUCGUGAUCGAGGUCCCCGCCGGCCUCAUCGAUGCGGGCGAAACCCCCGAACAAGCCGCCGUACGCGAGCUCAAGGAAGAGACGGGCUACGUCGGCGUGGUGUCCGAGACGACGCCCAUCAUGUACAACGACCCGGGCUUUUGCAACACGAACCUGCGCAUGGUGCACGUCACCAUCGACAUGUCGUUGCCGGAGAACCAAGACUUGAAGCCGGAGCUGGAGGAGAACGAGUUCAUCGAGGUCUUUACCGUUCCGUUGGCGAGCCUAUGGGAGGAGUGCAAGAAGCUGGAGGCGGAGGGCUAUGCGAUUGACGCGCGGGUCGGCACAUUCGCCGAGGGCAUCCUGCUGGCACAGAGAUUAAAGCUAUGA